GUUAUGAUAGCAUCGUUGAGCCAGUAGGGUCCGUCAAGUAGUUCAACAUCCGAUUCUCGAAGAAGAACGUCGUGGUAACUGAGAAUCUUCUCACCAAACGACGCCAUUGACAGCUUGUUUGUAUACUACUGAAACGUGGCGCCCUCCUUCAAAAGUGUCGCGCGAAAGAAAAUUUACAGAAUCAUCGCAACCGCGAUCGUAACCAUGGGCAGUCAGCGUUGGGCCGGUAUCGAACUCUCGAACCUUUUUGCAGUUGCUGUGUAAUUCAGUGCUUGUAGAAGGUGGUUCACUCGAAAUUCAGCAGCAUGGGCUUCUACUCAAGUUGAAUACAGCGUGCUUCAACAAGUGUUGCGGCAACAGCACCUUGUAUGUUACGUUUUGUACUGGGGAACCGUGCUCUUGGUUAGACUGCUCCGUCAAGUCGGAAAUACUUUUGCGCCAAUAUGCAACCGACAGGUAAACCAGGAGCAGACGGCGGCCAGACUAUGGAAGUGCAGCGACAAGAAGGCAUAUUGGACACUAUGGUUGUUGUCUGUAACCGUUUGUAUCACUGGGGGCCCCUGACCGCACUUUUCAUAGUUUUUUUCAUUUUUCUGACGUCUCUGCACGUGACUUCGAUGUGGUGGUCGCCGUAUAAAUACACCGGAGGAGCGAUCAACUACGUUGUCUUCCUCACCUGGGUCUUCUUGCUGGUACUGAACUUCAUGAAGGCAUUGGGAGUUGGACCGGGUUUCGUUCCUCGCCAUUGGAGACCCGCAACUGCGGAGGAGGAGCAGUUUCUGCAGUAUUGCGCUCUCUGCGAUGGUUUCAAGGCUCCACGAUCUCAUCAUUGUCGCAAAUGCGGAAGGUGCGUAUUUAAGAUGGAUCACCACUGUCCGUGGAUCAACACCUGCUGUGGCCAUAGGAACCAAGCCAGUUUUACAUUGUUUUUGUUCUUCUGUGUGUGUGGGAGUAUCCAUGCAGCUGUCUUACUGACAAUGGGGCUGUACAAGGCAUACCACAAGAAGUACUACAUCCAGAAGAAGCAGAUGGACGACCUUGUCCAUUUAAGAUUCUUUCCUCUCUUGGCCACUGUACUUAGCCUCGGCCUUUCCAUUGGGGUUAUCGUUGCCCUCACUGGACUGCUCUACAUUCAGAUUAAGAUAAUCAUCAGAAAUGAAACCACAAUUGAGAACUGGAUAGUGACCAAAGCGCACAUGCGAGAAAGGGAGCUUGGAGAUGAGUUUGUCUACCCAUAUGAUAUUGGGGUAGCGGAAAACAUCAAGCAAGUGUUUUUAAAGAAGCUUGGUGAUGGUAUCAACUGGCCCAUUGUAGCUGGUACCAACCAGUACACGCUCACAGUGGAGCAGAUCAUGCAAAAAGCGGACAAACGUCUGCGCACACGUUUGUACAGUGUAAUUAAUCCCUACAAUGGUUCCUGCUUCCCACUCACGCAAGGCUGUUGUGUGUGCUUGUCGGCUCCACUUAGUGACGAGCCACGUGUGAAAAUUAGCCCUGGAGACCAGGUCCUUGUCAGCAGAUGGAAAACGCACUGGCUAUACGGAGAAGUGGAAGCAAGAUAUGGGAAGAAAAAGAAACGCAAGGGAUGGUUCCCGCGGAAAUGUGUCGUAGAAGUCAGCACAGGAGCUUUCAGCAAAGGUUUCACGGACGACACCAACGACAGCUCAAAGAAAUACCGAUGAGGCAACUUUCUGGGAAACUGCCUGCACUUUACACAGUGUGGUUUCACAGCAUUCCAGCACCUCUCAGAGACUGGCUCUGUACACAACAUUCUCACAUCGGUGUAAAUAUAACUUAAUGGAGGACUGUU